AUGCACACAGUCCUCACAGGCGCAACAGGCCUGGUCGGCUCGGCCGUCCUCGACGCCAUGCUCUCCAACCCAGCCAUCACCAAAAUCACCAUCCUCUCCCGCCGGCCCGUGGCGCAGGCCACCGCCCGCGCCGACCCGCGCGUGUCGGUGGUGCUGCACGACGACUUCACGUCGUACGACGACGACGCCGCGCUCCGCAGCCGCCUCCAGGACGCGCGCGGCUGCGUCUGGGCCCUGGGCGUCAGCCAGACGCAGGUCGGCAGCCGGGACGAGUACGAGCGCAUCACCAAGACGUUUGCGCUGGCGGCGGCGCGGUCCCUGGGCGACGCGGCCCGGCGCGCCGGCGAGCCCUUUGACUUUGUCUACGUGUCCGGCAUGGGCGCCACCACGACGCCCGGCCGGUUCGCGCAGCUCUUUGCGCGCGUCAAGGGCGAGACGGAGCUCGGGCUCGCCGCCCUGCAGGACGAGAACCCCCUGCUGCGCGCCAGCUCCGUCAGGGCUGGGUUCGUGGAUCCCGCGGCCCACGGGGCCAUCGCGCAGUAUCUGCCUGCGAGGCCCGUGUUGACCACCGCGAUGGAGAAGGUCCUGGGUCCGGUCGUGAGGGGCUUUUGGAAGAGCGCCUGGAGCCCGACGGAGCAUCUGGGCAGGUUUCUGACGGACAUGGCCAUCGGGAAGUGGUCGGAAAAAGAGCUCGUUGCUGCCGGGGCUGACAAGAUUGGUAAAGGCGGCUUUCUCGUCGUGGAGAACCCGACCUUUCGCAAGUUGCAAGGGCUGGAUGCAUAG